AUGACCAUCACUAUCACUGUCGAGAAGGACGGAUACUACGAGGUCAAUGGCGCAAGGCAAGAGCCCACUGUGUCCCUAUACGUGAUACCCGCAGCCUCCAAGCUGCGCCGCAUGCUCAAAGACACCAAAGACUUGAUCGUGUGCCCUGGUGUUUACGAUGGACUCUCCGCUCGCAUUGCCAUGGAGGUUGGCUUCAAGGGUCUAUACAUGACUGGCGCUGGAACUACCGCGUCACGCCUGGGAAUGGCAGAUCUUGCUCUGGCACAACUUCAUGACAUGAAGACCAAUGCCGAAAUGAUCGCGAACCUGGAUCCAUUUGGCCCACCUCUGAUCGCAGACAUGGACACCGGCUACGGUGGCCCCUUGAUGGUGUCAAAGGCUGUUCAGCAGUACAUCCAGGCCGGUGUGGCCGGCUUCCACAUUGAGGACCAAAUCCAGAACAAGCGAUGUGGCCACCUUGCCGGAAAGAAGGUCGUUGGCCUCGACGAGUACCUGACACGCAUUCGCGCCGCGAAGUUGACCAAGGACCGGCUGCACUCUGACAUUGUCUUGAUCGCCCGAACCGACGCGCUUCAGCAGCAUGGCUACGAUGAAUGCAUUCGCCGACUGAAAGCCGCCAGAGAGAUUGGUGCCGAUGUCGGACUGCUCGAAGGUUUCACCUCCAAAGAGCAAGCUCGACAGGCAGUGCAGGACCUGGCACCAUGGCCUCUCCUUCUCAACAUGGUAGAGAAUGGAGCUAGCCCCCUUAUCACCACCAAAGAGGCCGAGGAGAUGGGAUUCAGGAUCAUGAUCUUUUCCUUCGCUACGAUUACACCGGCCUACCAAGGCAUCAGGGCUACCCUUCAGCGACUCAAGACAGAAGGGGUCGUCGGCACUCCCGAGGGACUGGGACCCAAGACAAUCUUCGAUGUCUGUGGGCUGAUGGAGGCCAUGAAAGUAGAUACGGAGUCUGGAGGUGAUGGCUUUGUUGAUGGUGUUUAA